AUGGCAAUGGAUGAAGCUGUUCAAACAUCGGUUCUUCUCAUGAGAGGAGAGUGGAAAGUCAACAUGAGCGACUUAUCGAGACUCAAAUUUCUGUAUACUGGUGGUGAAGAUGUUGGAGCCGAAGGUCGAUUCGUUACAUUUGUGGAUAGAGCAUUAUCUAAGCCAGAGAAUACGAAGCUCCUUAAGUUUUCGCUGACCCUUGAACAAGAGGUGGAUAGCGAUCCAAUCAGUCGUUGGAUUGAGUAUUGCUUGGUGAACAAAGUUGAGAACAUGAAGCUUUGUAUCAACGAAGUCCAAGAUGGGAGGCUCUUCAUAGAUGAUGAUGUUGAUCUUCCACGGCUGAAGACCCUCUCUCUGGAUUCUGUUUGGUUUUCUUCAGCCUGA